AUGACCUGUAAUUUGCUUCCCAUGGUGGCGGUGAGAGAGGAGACCAUCCUUGAAUGGGCAUUUGUGAAAACUCAUCAAAGUGCACUUCAAGUACAACAGAAAGCAGAAGGCAUGCUACAGGCUAAUCACUAUGAUAUGGAAAUGAUUCGGGAAUGCGCAGAGAAGGUGGCUUCCAAUUGGCAACAGCUCAUGCUAAAGAUGGAAGAUCGGUUAAAACUCGUCAAUGCCUCAGUUGCAUUUUAUAAAACAUCUGAGCAGGUCUGCAGUGUUCUGGAGAGUCUGGAGCAGGAGUACAAACGAGAAGAGGACUGGUGUGGAGGUCUUGAUAAGCUUGGUCCAAACUCGGAAUGUGAUCAUGUAACACCCAUGAUCAGUAAACAUCUUGAACAAAAGGAGGCCUUUCUCAAAGCCUGUACUUUGGCAAGGAGGAAUGCUGAUGUUUUCCUGAAGUAUCUCCAUAGAAACAGUGUCAACAUGCCAGGAAUGAUGAGUCACGUCAAAGCACCGGAGCAGCAAGUGAAAAACAUUCUUAAUGAGUUACUACAAAGGGAGAACCGAGUAUUGCAUUUUUGGACCAUGAGAAAGAAGCGAUUGGACCAGUGUCAGCAGUAUGUGGUCUUUGAGAGGAGUGCUAAACAGGCACUGGAGUGGAUCCAUGAUACUGGGGAGUUCUAUCUGUCCACUCAUACAUCCACAGGCUCCAGCAUCCCACAUACUCAGGAGCUUUUAAAAGAACAUGAAGAGUUCCAAAUUACUGCAAAGCAAACCAAAGAUCGUGUGAAACUGUUGAUACAGCUGGCUGAUGGCUUUUGUGAAAAAGGACACUCACAUGCUGUGGAAAUCAAAAACUGGGUCACAGCAGUAGAUAAGCGAUAUCGGGAUUUCUCCCUUCGCAUGGAGAAGUAUCGUGUAGCAUUAGAAAAAGCACUUGGAAUUUCAGACUCCAAAGGGAGCAAAGACUUGCAAUUGGACAUCAUCCCAGCAAGUGCUCCUGGUUCAGAGGUGAAACUCCGUGAUGCCGCACAUGAACUUAAUGAAGAAAGGCGUAAAUCAGCUCGUCGGAAGGAAUUUAUUAUGGCUGAACUAAUCCAAACUGAGAAAGCUUACGUACGAGAUCUUCGAGAGUGUUUAGAAACAUAUCUCUGGGAAAUGACAAGCGGUGUUGAUGAAAUUCCACCUGGGAUUGUAAAUAAAGAACAUAUAAUAUUUGGUAACAUGCAGGAAAUCUAUGAAUUCCAUAAUAAUUUAUUCCUGAAAGAGCUGGAGAAGUACGAACAGCUGCCAGAAGAUGUAGGACAUUGUUUUGUCACCUGGGCUGACAAGUUCCAAAUGUACGUAACAUACUGUAGGAAUAAACCAGACUCUACACAGCUCAUACUGGAGCAUGCAGGAGCAUACUUUGAUGAAAUACAACAUCGCCAUGGACUGGCCAACUCAAUAUCUUCCUAUCUUAUCAAACCUGUCCAGCGAAUAACUAAAUAUCAGCUGCUUUUAAAGGAACUGUUAACAUGCUGUGAAGAAGGAAAGGGCGAAAUUAAAGAUGGCCUGGAGGUGAUGCUGAGUGUGCCAAAGCGAGCCAACGAUGCCAUGCAUCUCAGCAUGCUAGAAGGCUUUGAUGAGAAUCUGGAAUCCCAGGGAGAGCUGAUCCUGCAAGAAUCCUUCCAGGUGUGGGAUCCUAAAUCAUUAAUCCGCAAAGGCCGAGAGAGACAUCUCUUCCUGUUUGAAAUGUCACUCAUCUUCAGCAAAGAAAUCAAAGAUUCCAAUGGGAGGAGUAAAUACAUCUACAAACACAAACUGCUUACCUCAGAACUUGGGGUCACAGAACAUGUUGAAGGCGAUCAUUGUAAAUUUGCAUUGUGGGUUGGACGGACUCCGACAUCAGACAACAAAAUUGUUUUAAAGGCAUCAAGUAUUGAAAAUAAACAAGAUUGGAUCAAGCAUAUACGAGAGGUUAUACAAGAAAGGACCGUUCAUCUGAAAGGUGCCCUGAAAGAAGCAAUCCACUUACCCAAACCCACAUCUCACAAACAUAAAGGGAGAAGGGAUGGAGAAGAACUAGACAGUCAGGGAGAUGCAAGCAGUCAACCCGACACAAUCUCCAUUGCGUCACGGACAUCACAAAACACUCUGGACAGUGACAAGCUAUCUGGUGGAUGCGAGUUAACAGUUGUCAUCCAUGAUUUCUCAGCAACCAAUAGCAAUGAACUGAGCAUUCGCCGGGGUCAAACUGUGGAAGUUUUAGAGAGGCCUCAUGAUAAGCCAGAAUGGUGCCUGGUCCGGACAACUGAUCGAUCUCCUGCUGCAGAAGGAGUUGUUCCCAGCAGUGUUCUAUGUAUUGCACAUUCACGAAGCAGUAUGGAAAUGGAGGGCAUUUUUAACCAUAAAGACUCACUUUCAGUGUCCAGCAAUGAUGCAAGUCCCCCUGCUUCAGUGACUUCACUUCAACCCCAUUCUGUGAGUACAACGCAAAGCUCACCUGGCCCGAAACGUCCUGGUAAUACUCUACGGAAAUGGCUCACUAGCCCUGUAAGGCGUCUAAGCAGUGGAAAAGCUGAUGGCCACGUAAAGAAACUGGCUCAUAAACAUAAAAAAAGCAGAGAUGUCCGGAAAAGUGCAGAUACCGGGGCUCAAAAAGACUCUGACGAAAGUGCUGCUACACCCCAGGAAGAAACUGUGGAUGAGCGGGGACGGAAUGAAGGACUUAGCAGUGGAACACUGUCAAAAUCCUCAUCGUCAGGAAUGCAGAGCUGUGGGGAAGAGGAAGGUGAAGAGGGGGCAGACGCAGUGCCACUUCCUCCUCCAAUGGCAAUUCAACAACACAGUCUUCUCCAGCCUGACUCACAGGAUGAUAAGACAUCGUCUCGUUUAUCAGUCCGCCCUACAAGCUCAGAGACACCCAGCGCAGCAGAGCUUGUUAGUGCUAUUGAAGAACUUGUGAAAAGUAAAAUGGCAUUGGAGGAUCGUCCAACAUCCCUGUCUGUUGAUCAAGUUGACAGCAGCAGUCCGUCUUUCAACCCAUCUGAUAACUCUCUGCUGUGUACUUCUUCCUCCUCUCCCAUUGAUGAAAUGGAAGAAAGAAAAUCUAGUUCCUUAAAGAGGCGUCAUUAUGUCUUACAGGAGUUGGUGGAAACUGAGCGGGAUUAUGUACGGGACUUAGGAUGCGUGGUAGAGGGCUACAUAACAGUGAUGAAAGAAGAUGGUGUUCCUGAUGACAUGAAGGGAAAAGAUAAGAUUGUGUUUGGUAACAUACACCAAAUCUACGAUUGGCAUAGAGACUUUUUUCUUGGUGAACUGGAGAAGUGCCUUGAGGAUCCUGAUAAAUUAGCUUCACUUUUUGUCAAACAUGAGAGAAGAUUGCAUAUGUAUAUAGUUUACUGUCAAAACAAGCCCAAAUCUGAAUACAUUGUGUCCGAAUAUAUUGACACCUAUUUUGAGGACAUAAAACAGCGACUUGGUCAUCGAUUACAACUGACAGACCUGCUAAUAAAACCAGUACAACGGAUAAUGAAAUAUCAGCUCCUUCUUAAGGACUUCCUUAAAUACUCAAGAAAGGCUGCUGUUGAUACAACAGAACUGGAGAAAGCUGUGGAGGUCAUGUGUGUUGUACCAAAGAGAUGCAACGAUAUGAUGAAUGUUGGACGGCUGCAAGGAUUCGAUGGCAAAAUUAUAGCCCAAGGAAGAUUGCUUCUCCAGGACACAUUCUUUGUUGCAGAUCAGGAUGCUGGACUUCUUUCACGCAGUAAAGAGCGAAGAGUCUUCCUUUUUGAACAGAUUGCAAUAUUCAGUGAGCCUUUAGAUAAGAAAAAAGGCUUCUCCAUGCCUGGCUACUUAUUUAAAAACAGUGUCAAGGUGAGUUGCCUUGGCCUGGAAGAGAAUGUGGAGAAUGAUCCAUGUAAAUUUGCACUUACCUCACGAUCAGCUGAAGGCGGUGUAGAAAUCUAUGUUCUGCAAGCAUCAAAUCCUACAGUACGCCAAAUGUGGAUCUAUGAAAUCAACCAAAUUCUGGAAAACCAGCGCAACUUUUUAAAUGCUUUGACAUCUCCAAUUGAGUACCAGAAGAACCAUGUUGGCCCUAGUGGACCUAAUAGCUGUAGUGGAAUGAUCAGUACAAGCCGUUCCAGACCGUCUCGGAUCCCCCAGCCCAUCAGGCACCAUUCCCCAGUCCUGGUCUCCUCUGGGGCCUCGGCCCAAACAGAGGUAGACAGAUUGACAGGUAUGUCCGCUCGCAACCCUACCCUGACGACACUCAACAGCACCUUAGAUUCUGGCUCCAGUCAAUCUGACAGGCACCUGGAACGACAAGGCAACGAAAGGGACUUGGAACAGAUUCCUAGGAAAAAACUCCUUGACAGUCCCAGGAAAACAUUAGGACCACUCACCAACACAGGAGAUGGAAGCCUAAAGGAAUUACGAGGUAGUCUAGAAGAGAACCAGUCACCGAGAGGCAGUGUGGGCACUCUGACAAUAGGAAAGCAACGGCCAGGCACUACGUCACCCUUGAGUUCUCCGCUGUCUACAACCUUCCCUUCCUCUCCCAUCAACAAAGAACCCUUCCCUCCCAGCAGUCCUGUUCUUAAGGGCUCCUUCUGGAGCUCACACCCAGCUUCACCUGCAAGCCGCCCUGGUUCCUUCACCUUUCCAGGGGACAUGGACUCCCUGCAGCGCCAGGUCCACCGCCACUCCACGCACAGCAAGGACACUGAUCGUAUGAGCACAUGCUCCUCGACCAGCGAGCAGUCGGUGCAUUCCACCCAGAGCAACGGGAGUGAAAGUAGCAGCAGCAGUAAUAUCUCCACCAUGCUGGUAACAUAUGAUUACACUGCGGUGAAAGAGGAUGAGAUCAAUGUCUGCCAGGGCGAGGUGGUGCAGAUCCUGGCCAGCAACCAACAGAACAUGUUUUUGGUGUUUCGAGCAGCCACUGACCAAUGCCCUGCAGCUGAGGGUUGGAUUCCUGGCUAUGUACUAGGUCAUACAACUAUUGUAAUCCCAGACAACCCUGAAGGAACAUUAAAAAAAUCAACGUCUUGGCACACUGCACUCCGUUUAAGAAAGAAAAACGAAAAGAAGGAUAAAGAUGGCAAGAAAGAAGGAAAGUUAGAGAAUGGUUUCCGAAAAUCACGAGAAGGCUUACCAAAUAAGGUAUCAGUUAAGCUCUUGAACCCUAAUUAUAUCUAUGACGUUCCACCAGAAUUCAUCAACCCACUGACUGAUGUGACCUGUGAGACAGGUGAAACUGUGACUCUGAAAUGCAAGGUCUGUGGUCGUCCCAAAGCUACAAUAACAUGGAAAUCCCCAGACCACAGCAUUUUGACCAAUGAUGGUCAUAACAGCAUUACAUACAGUGAUUCUGGUGAAGCUAGACUUAAAAUACUGAAUGUGACCACUGACGACGAUGGCACCUAUACUUGUGUAGCUGUAAACGAUGUGGGAUCAGCCUCGUCUUCUGCCAUCCUGCGAGUUCUAGGACCUGGAAGUGAUGGAGUAAGGGUCAUCUGGAAGGACAACUUUGAUUCUAUUUAUACUGAAAUAGCAGAAAUUGGCAGAGGAAGGUUCUCUGUGGUUAAAAGAUGUGACCAAAAAGGAACUAAACAAGAGGUAGCUGCGAAGUACAUCAACAAAAAAAUGAUGAAACGGGAUCAGGUUACACAUGAACUUGGAAUUAUGCAGAAUCUCCAGCAUCCCCAGAUUGUUAGCCUUCUGGAUACCUUUGAAACUCCAUCCAACUAUAUAGUCAUACUAGAAUUAGCAGACCAAGGUCGCCUUCUAGACUACAUAAUAGAAUGGGGGAAUUUGACUGAAGAAAAGGUGACAUCGUAUCUCAGAGAAACUCUGGAAGCUGUACAGUAUUUACACCACUGCAGAAUAGCUCACCUAGAUAUAAAGCCAGAAAAUGUGCUGGUGGACCACAGCAAAGCCAAACCCCUCAUCAAACUUGCUGAUUUUGGGGAUUCCAUGCAGUUAACCACAACCUAUUAUGUUCACCACUUGCUAGGAAGCCCCGAGUUUGCAGCUCCAGAAAUUAUUUUAGGAAAUUCUGCCUGUCUUACGUCAGAUACAUGGAGUGUUGGGGUACUUGCCUAUGUCCUUCUUAGUGGUGUGUCUCCUUUUUUGGAUGAGAGUGUAGAAGAAACAUGUUUGAACAUUUGCCGAUUGGACUUCAGCUUCCCUGACGACUACUUCAGAGGAGUCAGUCAAGCUGCCAAAGAUUUUGUUUGUUACUUACUGCAGGGAGAUUCAAACAAACGUCCCUCAGCUGCAACGUGCCUUCAGGAUUCUUGGCUGCAGCCGGGCAUCAACAGAGUUGCUGAAACUCUAAACACGUCAAGAUUGACUUCAUUCAUUGAACGGCGCAAACACCAGAAUGAUGUUCGGCCAGUUGGUAGUAUAAAGAACUUCUUACAAAGUAAACUCUUGUCAAGAGUGUGACCCUCACCUGGAGAUUAAUUUGCUCAUUCUCUUUCACCUGUCAAUCAGGUUGGAGACACUGUCUUCAGCCAUUCAGCUGUUGACUUGAAAUACAACUGACUGCAAAUCAGCUGCUUUAUAUGUGUCAUUGUGUGGAAUUGCAUGCCAAGGAACUUUGUACAAACAGUACUUGGGAUUCAUUGCCACCCAUCCAAUGCAAAGUUGUUGGGGCAAACUGCACAAGCUCUGCACAACCAGCUGGAUUCUCAUUAUUUUGACAGUAUUUUGUUUCUGAUCACAGGAAACCAUUUUUCACAUAUUGCCUAGGAAAAUUUAGAGAAGAAUCAUUGUUGUUAUUGUAUUUAAAUAAACUCGCUGGACUUUGAAACAUUUAAUUAUGUGAUUAAAAAUUAGCCAGCAAAGAACAAAAGUUUUUUUUGUUAAAAUUCUUUCCUCCUCCACUGAUUUUAAUCAAGACAGUCACUGAAAAUGAUCUCCAGUGAAAUGUCUGAUUUUUACUGGUAAUAAAGCUUUUCAGUUGCCUCACUGAUGUAUUUAAAUUAUAAUACCUUGCAUUUAGCCAGAUGCAGCUCAAGUUUUUACUGCUACAAGCUGAACCAUGGACCUUUUGCAUCUAAUAGAAACAAAUGUGUUGCUCUAAUUAUAUAUAAGCCUUACUUGUAUAAAAACCGUUAUCUGCCUUCAUUCUGUACUUUUAAUGCUGGUAUGCCAUUCUGGAAUCCACCCCCCCCAACACAAGUGAAGAGGCAAAUGCUGUUUCAUUUAUGGAGGGUUUUUGGAGUCUCACCUGCCAAUCUGAUUGCAGAGCAGUUAAGGAGGAAUAUGUACUGUAAAUGCACUCAUUGUAUUUUAUGUUUUAAUUCAUAUCAUGUGCAAUGUUGUGGCUUUAACAUUUUAUGCAACUCUAUUUAUGAAGACUUAUGUUGUAUCUGUAAUAAAUAUUAAAAAAGGCACGUACUUUGUACUGCAAACUA